AUGGUCAGGGCUCUGCUUAGGUGCGUUUCUGUCUCCUGUCUGGCUUAACGUCAUGACGGAUGUUUUGUCUGUUUCUUGCGCCAGCUAACUCGCGACUACACAGGUGGUUUCGCCGAUCAUUCUUCACUUUUGUGAAUAACCCUCCAUGUUCCGAAUGUCUAUCACCCACGAAUAAAAUCCGCAACGUUGCGCCUACACCAGAGGAAAGAGCCCAUAGUGCGACAUGGGUCGAGUUAUACUCGUGCGUAACCUGUGGGGCAUUUGAACGAUUCCCACGCUAUACGGAGGCGUGGCAAUUACUACGAGUAAAGCGUGGAAGGGCUGGUGACUUUGCCAACGUCUUCACCAUGCUUUGCCGAGCUCUUGACAUCCGAGCUCGCUGGGUGUGGUGCCAGGAAGACUACCUGUGGACCGAAAUCUACUCUGAGCAUCAACAACGAUGGGUUCAUGUCGACAGUUGCGAAGAGGCUUGGGAUAUGCCCCACAUGUACUACAAGAACUGGGGGAAGAAGAUGUCCUACGUUAUCGCCUUCUCCCGCGAGGGCGCGGUCGACGUUACCAGGCGGUAUGUGGGGUCACCAGACGCCCUGCUCCCACGGAAACGCUGCUCGGAAGGCGUCCUGAAGUUCAUCAUGGAGGAAAUCACAAACCUGCACCGGCCAAAGUACGCCCCAGACGGAGAGACUCGCCUACGGCUCUACCGGGAAGACGUAGCCGAGGACGUGCAGCUCCGAUCCUUGUGGGCGGCUACCCUGGAACAGAGUCGGAGGUUGAAGGCUGCUGCGGCGGCUGCUACUAGGGGCGGCCGCAGCAGUCCCGACAAGAACGGCGCCAACAGGAUGGGCUCGCCAGCGACGGGUGACAUCAAACGACCCAUCCCUGAGGAUGCACCUGUUCCUGAUGUCCCUUCACUCUGGCCGACGUAUGGACCCUGACGGCAUGGCAUCCAUUGGGCCAGACCUUGAAUAGAUAGCAGUCAUCAUUUUCACGUCGUUUAAUACCCCCAACCCCCUUUUAUCAGAGGAAAGCAAGCAUGCAAUGUCAUCAUCCUUUUAUUUGUCAUAUAUUAUAUAUAUACCCUGUGUCAUGUCAUGUUCAAGAUGUGUGUGGAUUUUUUUCGGAGGGAGGUAUAAAGACUACUACUGAUGGUUUGGAAAAGUUGAUGGAGAGCCCUAACUUGCCUUGAGUCUGGGCUGGGCUGGAGUCGGGUCGGGGUUAGGGAGUCCUUGAGAUCUUGUGAGAGUUCUUGGGCAUCCAUGACGAGUGCCUAAUUGAAUACAUUGACUACCUGCCUCUGUCUGU